AGAAGUUACUGCUCUUCAGUGACACAACACGUGGUUUUUCCGUUUGCUUUUGAUAAGGAGUCUUCAUAUUUCCUUCUACUUAUAAUUUUAGAACUGUCCAAAUGACAUGCCCUUUCGUGUGUCCUGGAAAAACAGAAUUUUAUGGAUUGUUGUAGGCACUUCACUUCUCACUUUAGCACUUUUGCACCACUUGCAACCAACAGCGAAACCCAUUUUCAUUACAAACAAUGAAUUCUUUUCGUAUGACUUAGAUAGAGAGGAACCUUUAACACCUGGUCAAAAAUGUCAGCUCCCAAGAGUUCAUCCUUUCGAUCCAUCUACUUGGAAUUACCUUUCACCUCCGAAAACCAUCAAGUGCAAAGAACGGAUUGCAACACUUACUUUCCUAGAUGACACAGGUGUCCUGCGAUAUAAUCUUACAACACUUAAAAUGUACGGAUAUGAAGCUGAUAAAUUACUUUGUGGAUAUCAAGAAAUAACUCGCAAAGGUGAUUUUAAAGUGGAUUAUAGUAAAAGACGUAAACUUUUAGUAAAUGGAUCUAAGAUUUAUUCAGAUUUUGUGUAUGUGUCAUGUGCAAAUUUCGCUGGUAUCGCAUUUUAUACAAAUAUUCACUGUCAUAUCUUGGUGCAACCGGAACAUAGUAGUUUUUCAUCAGUGACAAACGAUAGUGAAAAAUUUUAUAACGUCUUAAUUCUUGGCAUUGAUUCUUUGUCAAGAUUAAGCUUCAUGCGUCAACUGCCAAAAACUUACCAAUUUCUAACGAAGAAGUUGAAUGCUUUUAUACUUAGGGGAAUGACAAAAGUAGGUGACAAUACUUUUCCAAACUUAAUAGCUAUGUUGACAGGAAAGUCAGUUUCAAAUCAGGAACUGCCUCAUAUUCGUGAUCCAAAGGAACCAUAUGAUAGGUGGCCAUUUGUUUGGAAAAACUUCUCCACAGCUGGUUAUGCAACUCUCUUCGCGGAGGACAGACCAGAUAUAAAUCUGCUGAACUAUUACAGAGGUGGCUUACAGAAAUCCCCAACUGAUCAUUACAUGCGACCAUUUUGGCUUGCAGUCCAGUCAUCCAUGCUUCAUCGAAUUAGCUCCAACUUUUGCUUCGGUAACAUUCCAAAACAUUUGUUGCAACUACGUUACACGCAAGACUUCGUCAAAAAAUACAGUUCCGUUAAAAGACCCUUUUUCGCAUUUUCAUUUCUUGUAGAACUGAGUCACGAUUACAUCAGCCAUGUUUCAUCCGCUGAUGCGGAUUUAGAAGCAUGGCUGAAACAUCUUUUUCAUUCUGGAUACUUAAACAGGACGUUCUUAUUCUUUUUAUCAGAUCAUGGUCAUCGGUUUGAUGCUCUGAGAGCCACUCUUAUAGGCAGAAUUGAAGAAAGAAUGCCUUUCUUUGCAGUAGUUGUACCUCAUUUGCCGUCUAAACAUCAAAAUGAUUUCAUCCGAAAUUUACGAACAAAUCAAGGACGUCUGACAACACCUUACGACGUUUACUUUUCACUUUUGGAUAUAUUGAGUCUCAGCAUUAAUCACACAGUUCUUGGGUCCAUAAAAUCUGACAGAGGAAGUACUUUAUUUGGCCCUAUUUCGUCAAACAGGACAUGUAGCACAGCUGGAAUACCUGACCACUACUGUACCUGUGAGACUGAGGAAAAUUUGGAUAUAUCAGAUUCCAGAUCUCAAAAAGCCGCUAUUACUCUAGUCACUGCCAUCAACAACUUAAUCAGCAAGUCCUACAAAAAACUUUGUGCUGAGUUGUCAUUAGCUGAAAUUAUUAGAGCGGACUUGAUCCUUCCACGCCGAGAAGUCAUUGUCAACUCGCGUCUUUAUUUUGGGAAUCUGGUAGAAGACGGUCGAGCCAGAGGAAUGAUCACCAAAGUCACAAUCAUCCUCAGGACUGUUCCAGGAAAUGCUUUAUUUGAAGGGACUUUAAUGCUCAGAGAGGAUGACGAUAACGUUACUGUCCUUGGAGAUAUUAGUAGAAUUAAUGUGUAUGGAAAUCAGUCCUCUUGCAUAGAUGAUGCUAUCUUGAAGAAAUACUGUUACUGUAUCACAUCUGAAGUUUAAGAAAGACUAAUUCUUAUAAAUGUGUAUGUAAUACAUACUCGAAAUUUGUAAGUGACUGGAAAUUGAAACGAAAAUGAUACGCUGUCUAGCUGCAGUCACAAAAUUUUACACACAAAACUUUUCUACUGAUACUUUAUAUUUAUAACAAACAUUAUAUCUGAAUAAUAUUUUACAACUCGAAUGUAAAAAGAAAAAAAAUAAUAAUUUAUUAAAACAAAAUUGGUUUUCAAUGCAUGUUAAACAUGAGGCAUUUUUGUCAUAAAAUUGUGUGAUUAUGC